AUGGAUGCUAAGGCGUGGCAAGUCGUUCCCGCUUUGCACUCGUCGUGGAAAGGCUUCGAGUGGCCACUCGUUAAGCGCAUUUUCGAGACAUGGCGUCGCAUUUCCAUGAAUGCCGUAGAGCUUGGACUUGUUCCCGCUAUGGACCUCAACGAAUGCCAGUGCAUUUCCUACGAAAAGCUUGAUGAGACCAAGCACAAAGUGGCCCAGUUUCUUGUCAGAGUCUUAGGCAGCAACCCUUACACAGACGACUGGUUUUGCGAUGUCGCUUGGAUGAAGUAUGAGACGACCAAUUACUGGGGUGUCCAGUUGCGUGUUUGGUUCACAUCGGAUGAAGCGUUGAAGAUGACCACAAGCUCUAUCCCCGAGGACUUUGGCUCGGCUUUUGAGUCGUCUAUUGCUUCCAAAACUUCGAUGGACACGACCUACAGAAACUCUGAUGCGCAAGACACAAUGUCACUCCAGGAGCGGAACGAGCUUAUCGACCUCGCCGGUUUGCACGGCUUGAUAUCGUUCCGGCGUCCUCACUCCGGCAAGAACUCUGGCACCAAGGUCUCCGAGAAGUGCUCGACUAGAAGCACCAGCAAAGCCGACGGCGCCAAAGACUCUAAGGAUGCCACAAAGCCCAAAGAAGUCUCGACGGAAAAUAGCAAAGGCACCAAUGUUGGAAGCAAGAGAAAGUCAGCGGACGCGGUUCAGCGCCCAGCCAAGCGAAUCAAAUCACAGAAACCGACGCCGCAACCUCGUCCUCAGAGCGCUCGAGUCGACAAGCAAACUUCUGCUCACUCACGCAAACAGUACCAGGCUUAUGCGGAGUCUGACGAUGACUCCGAGACCGGAAAUCCAGACAUCAAGCCCGAGCCUGAUAGUCAACCAUCCAGUCCGCAUGCUAGCAACAGGUCAGCAGUGAAGAAGGUCAAGGGAAAGGUCGUCGAACCUGUGAUUGCGGGCAAGGACAUGGUUAACCGGAAUCUCGAAGAACCUGUCGAGAAGUUGGAGGCGGAGAAUGCAAGACUCAAGUCUUUGUUGCGCAAGUGA